GGGUCACGGUUCGGGUAUCUGGACGGGUCCUGGGGCAGCUCAGGAAGAGGAGGAGUGAGAGAACCUGCCCCCCCCCCCCCGAAAAACAGCUGCUCAGAGCUGGACAUGCACAUCAGCUCAUCUGCUGGGGGUCUCGGACUGACAUAGCCUUCAGCCAAUCACAGCCUGAGUUAGAGGUGGCGGCCCAUUCGGGGCGUGAUGGCGGCCAUGCCGUUCGUCAGCGAGGGGAAGUGUGUGAGUGUGGAGUGGGACUUCCUACAGGGACUCCUCGCCAAACCACCCACCUUACCCUGCUUGCAAAACUUGAGGAAGGAGAAGUCACGCAAUGCAGCUCGUUCUCGGCGGGGUAAAGAGAACUUUGAGUUCUUCGAGCUGGCGAAGAUGCUGCCCCUUCCUGGAGCAAUCACCAGCCAGCUGGACAAAGCCUCCAUCAUCCGCCUCACCAUUAGUUACCUGCACAUGAGACACUUUGCCAGUCAGGGAGACCCACCCUGGAGCCCCCUACUGGAAGGAGAGAACAACUGCAACAAGGUGAGAAGAACAAGUCAUUCAUUGACCACAGACAUAUUUGAGCAGCACCUGGGAGCUCAUCUACUACAGUCUCUGGAUGGCUUUGUGUUCGUCGUCAGUAAAGAAGGCAGAUUCCUUUAUAUCUCCGAGACUGUCUCCAUCUACCUUGGCCUUUCACAGGUUGAGUUAACUGGCAGCAGCGUGUUUGAUUACAUUCACCCCGCGGACCAUGUCGAGAUGGCAGAGCGUCUUGGCAUUAAGCCACACCUCUGGGCGGAGGCAGGCUGUCAAAUGUCCCAUGAGAGUGUUUCAAGCUCCGCCUCCACAUCUUCAUUGGCAGGCACUCCAGAACCAGCCCCAUCCAGUCCUUGUUCUCCUGUUAGUGAGCUGGCAGAACGUGGCUUCUUCAUCCGGAUGAAAUCCACCCUUACCAAGCGUGGUCUCCACGUUAAAUCUUCGGGUUAUAAAGUGAUUCAUGUGACAGGUCGCAUUCGCUGUCGUCCUGCCCUGGUGCCAGGCUCCUCCCGUCAUUUGCAUCGGCCAAUGGGGUUGGUUGCGCUGGCUCACACGCUUCCGCCCUCAACGCUAAAUGAGGUGCGCAUGGAAAGUCAGAUGUUUGUGUUCCGAGUUAACAUGGACUUACAGGUCACCUACUGUGAGAACAGGAUUUCGGAGUAUAUGGACCUCAGUCCAGCAGAGGUGGUUGGACACACCUGCUAUCACUUCAUCCAUGUGGAAGACCUGGACACCAUCAAGCAGAGUCAUGAAGACUUGCUGCGGAAAGGACAGGUUGUGACGGGGUAUUAUCGCUGGUUGCAGAAGAGAGGAGGGUAUCUAUGGAUUCAGUCUUGCGCUACUGUGUCCAUUAACCACAAAGCGCCCCAUGAGCGCAAUGUCAUCUGGGUCAACUAUGUGCUCAGUCGACCAGAGCUGGCAGACAUGCCUCUGGACUUAUUACAACUCCCAGAAAGCCUGAGGGCAGAGCGACUUCAAGCUAGUUCCUCCCCAAGCAACACUUCCCCAAAGGCACAAGGUUUAACGGUCACGCAGCCACUGAAAGGCAGUGCAGUCAGGACCGAGUCAGACAGCAAACAGAAGGAACCCUACUCAAACUCUGCUACCAGCAAAUCAGAGGAAACCAGGAAGAGAUCCCACCCUUCUGACCCUGAAAGCAGUCGUCCAGAGCCGAGAAGGCGGUUGGAGGUGUUCCAGCAGAGAGAGGACAGCCCAUCUACCUCCUCGGACCAAGCCAGUGACAGCGAUGUCGAAGAAGAGGAGGAAAGGGAGAAUGAGUGGGACCAUACUCCCAGCAACAAACGGGUAAAGAGUGAGGUUGGGGCGUUGAAACAAGGCAAUGGUGCCAAUGGAGCAGGGAAGAUCCAUAAUGGCCGAGCUGUGAUCCAGCAUCUAAAGAGUGUAGUGACCAGUUCUAGCUCGAAUAUCAAGAUGGAACAGGAGGUGAUGGGGACAAGUGUAGGUUCAGGGUCUGGAGGACGCUGGAGCCAAACUCCUUCCAACACGCAUGCAUCCAGUGGAAGAACCAAUGGCAGCAGUCCACCUUCCCAGCCUCCAAAUUCAGCCUCCAAGGGUCUGUUCAACCCACCAUCUCCAACCCUGUCUCCACCCAUCUCGGCCUCUCCCCUGCAAAGAGAUGAUUGGUCCUUUCACGGGGGGCGUACUCCAGACUUUGAGCUACUCCAGAGAUUGACUACGAGUGGGGCGGCGGGACGUGUGCUUUUUCACCCUCUGGCUCUUGGCCCGCAGGGGCCUCAGAGUCUGUACGCCCCAAGUACCAUUCGCUAUGCCCCACCUGAAAUGCCUACAGUACAUGCUGAAGGACACCGCCUAGACCACCCCGCCAAAACUCCAGCUUUCUUUCCCCACCUCCAGAGGAUCGCGUCUCUGCCUCCCUUCAGUGGAUUCUCCCCAGCAGAACCACCCUUUACACCAACUCUGCCCUUCUGUAUGAACGGACUGAGGGGGGCAGCUGGGACAGAUGAGGAUUGAAAGAGAGAAACAAAGAGAGAGAGAGAGAGAGAGAUAGAGAGAGAGAGAAGAUAACAGAAAUGAGAGGCAGUGGAAGAGAUGGUAAGGAAUAGUUUAUCAAACUGUGUUCCCAGUUUCUUCUCUGUUAAUUUGUUAGUGUGUCUUCCUCUCUCUGGACAAGCAGUUAAAGCCAUACUGAAUAUAUGAAGGACCUCAUGCAAAGGGGUCAUCGAUGGGGUCAAAAGGUCUGAGCAGUUGGAAAUAUGCAGGAGUGUCAUCGUGGGCAGGGGAGAACCAAGAACAUUAUCCUGUACUGUAAAAAUUAAAAGAUACUUCAGCCACCAUUCGGGGUUCCUCAGCUGCCACACCAGCGGAAGCCUCUGAAGAACAUCUAGGCACCCUUUAAAAGAGCGCCAAAUUUCAUAUUUAUGUACUCUAGGAUCUUAAAGAUAUAUUUCAAAAACUUCAAGCCUUUUCCUUAUGAUGGGGUUACUGAAGGAACCAUUGACAGUCCUUAAGAAUUUCUUGCAGGAACUAAGAGUAAGAGUAAGUUUCUCAAAGAACUCAAAGGGUAGCUGGCGGAUCUCCAGAGGGUUCCAGCAGUUUGGCAUCUGAGGAACCCCAAAUGGUGCCUUGAAUAUCUUUUAUUUUUUACAGUGUGGGCCCACCCAUAAAAGUGGCCCUGGGAAUAUGCAAAUAUGGACAAAAGCAGCAUGGCAGGCAAUUGCCAAAAAAGACAUUCCUACGAAAAGAUGCAGAAGAAAGCACAGUCCACAGAGGGAUCAUAAUAAUAAUGUGAGUUUAGAACUUUUGAACACUGUAGAAUUUUCAUUUUUGUAAAAAAAAAAAAAAAAAAAGAAAAAAGAUAAUUGUCUUUAAACAUAUGAAAAAGAAUCACUUGAAAAGUAAGUCAUUCAAAGAUCACAGCCAUAUAUAGCCAACGCUGAAUUGGGAUACUUCAUAUGUGCAAAGGCUCCAAAAACCUAU